AUGGGCUUCCGCAUCACGACGUGGAACGUGAAUGGGAUUCGAAACCCGUUCUCAUAUGAGCCAUGGAGAGGAACUCGCACCUUUGAGUCUAUGUUUGAUAUCCUUGAGGCCGACAUUGUUGUCUUCCAGGAAACUAAAAUUCAGCGGAAGGAUCUUCGAGAUGAUAUGGUCCUCGUCCCUGGCUGGGACUGCUAUUUCAGCCUGCCCAGAGUCAAGAAGGGAUACUCCGGUGUGGUAAUUUACACUCGUAAUGAGACAUGUGCACCCAUACGUGCAGAAGAGGGCAUUACUGGGAUCUUAUGCCCGCCCAACUCAACAACACCGUUCCGCGAGCUUUCUAAGGACCAGCAAAUUGGCGGGUAUCCCACUAUGGAGCAACUCUCCAGGCCCUCUCCUGGCUCCGAUUAUAGCGACUCCGAAAAGGAUGAUGAUGGAGACCAAAGGACCGACACGCCAAUUGAUCCUGUAACGCUCGACUCAGAAGGCCGCAGUGUCCUUCUAGAAUUUCCGGCAUUCGUCCUCAUCGGAGUAUACUGCCCGGCGAACCGCGAUCAAAGUCGUGAUAAUUUCAGAAUUGGCUUCCUCAACGCCUUGGAUGCUCGUAUUCGGAACCUUGUCGCUCUAGGGAAGCAAGUUUUUGUAACCGGGGAUAUCAAUAUUGCCAAGAAGGCCAUCGAUUCCGCACAUGCGCUGGAAGCAAUUCGAAGAAAGACACAAACUGAAGAGACGUAUAUCUCAGGACCCUCUCGCAGACUCUUCAAUCAACUACUGUCCGAUGGGGCUGUUGUUGGACCACGAGAGAGCGGCAGAGAACAUCCUGUGCUGCAUGAUAUUUGUAGGGCGUUUCAUCCCAGUCGAACUGGAAUGUAUACUUGCUGGGAUACAAGACUCAAUACACGCCCAGGAAAUUUUGGGGCAAGAAUUGACUACGUUCUGUGCAGCCUUGACAUGCAGACAUGGUUCUCCGACUCGAAUAUCCAAGAAGGCCUGAUGGGCUCGGACCAUUGUCCUGUAUAUGCAAUUUUUAAAGACCAGAUUCCCCAUGGUGCGGGCAUCUCUCACAUUCGUGACCUUAUGAACCCAGUAGGGACGUUCAGGGAGGGCGAACGUCAACAGGAAUACUCAUCUCAGUCCAUAUUACCGGCAUCGGGGCGACGACUCCCGGAGUUUGAUGUGGACAAACGCCGUAGCAUCAAGGAUAUGUUCGCCCGCAAGUCAACCAGUAACCCUACUCAACCACCGUUUGCUCAAUCGACUCCACCGGCAACAUGUGUGGCGCCAGGUGUAACGGCAACCUCAUCGGUAUCCUCUGCCACCAAUGAAGCAUCAUCAAAUUCAAGUUCCCCCAUUCAGAACCAUAGUUUGAACCAGCUCCCUCGGAAAAGGCCGCAGCCACUUUCUUCUAUACCUUCGAAACGUCCCAAGUCUGCCAUGACCCCGUCUUCUGCUACGACUGGCCAGAAGACGCUGAAAGGCUUCUUCAAGGCAAAGACUGUGGAGCGGGAUGCUUUCUCUCAACCUCCUACAGAAACAUCUUCCUCGUCUGAUAAAAGCGGAACAGCUGCUCUUGCAAGCUCUAAUAUGGUGACUCAUGCCCUCGAGAACACGGCUGGUGAGUCGACGGCCACUGCUGAAACCCCUUUUCCCCUCUUUGACUCAAAUAAUAUCAUCGACCCUAUCGUCAGCAAAGAAGACUGGUCCAAACUCUUCACAAAAAAGCCGGCUCCUCGUUGUGACGGACAUCAGGAACCAUGUAUGAGCUUGACCACGAAAAAACCUGGUAUGAACCGCGGUCGAGCGUUCUGGAUCUGUUCACGACCCCUGGGGCCUAGUGGUGAGAAAGAAAAAGGUUCCCAGUGGCGAUGCCCAACCUUUAUGUGGGCGAGUGAUUGGAAUCCGACUGCCCAAGGAAAUUCAUGA